UUGCUGGCCGCACAUGGUGCACAUGGUUUUUGUUUUUGUACAAAUAAAUAUUAAAAAAUGGGUGGCCAGGGAAAAAUGAUAAAUCGCAAGCGCAAAUUUGUGGGACGCAAAAGCGAUGACCCAGAGUUUGAUUUGGACAAGAAGCACUUCAAGGUGCUGCACGUGAAUGCCAGCGAGAAGCGUUUGAUCAUCGUGCUGGAGGGCGCACAGCUGGAGACGGUUAAGGUGCACGGCACUUUUGAGCUGCUCAACUGCGACGAUCAUGCGGGCAUUAUGCGUAAAAAUCAACGCGAUCCUGGCUCCUGCCGCCCCGACAUCACCCACCAAUGCCUGUUGAUGCUCUUCGACUCACCGCUGAAUCGUGCCGGCCUGCUGCAAGUGUUUGUGCGCACCGAGCACAAUGUGCUCAUCGAGAUAAACCCACAAACGCGCAUUCCACGCACCUUCAAGAGGUUUGCCGGUUUGAUGGUUCAGCUGCUGCACAAAUUUCAGAUUCGAGCCAACGACUCGUCGCGGCGUUUGAUGAGCGUCAUUAAGAAUCCCAUCACAGACCAUUUGCCGGUUGGCUGCAAGAAGUACGCCAUGUCCUUCUCCGGCAAGCUGGUGACCAAUUGCCGCGAACUCGUGCCGCACGGCGACGAGGGCAGCGUGACCUACGAUGAGCCUGUGGUGAUGGUAAUUGGCGCCUUUGCUCACGGCGUGCUCAAGACGGACUACACCGAGGAGCUGUUCUCCAUCAGCAACUAUCCGCUAUCGGCGGCCAUCGCCUGCUCCAAGCUGUGCAGCGCCUUCGAGGAGGUGUGGAAGGUAGUUUAGUCGCAAUGAUUAGUUCUUUAGUUAGUAUUUAAGUUGCACUUAGUUUCUGACUGUAAAAUAUAUGCAGCCACACAGGCCACUCUCUAACGGGAA